UCACGGAAAGCAACGAUUGGCUGAGUCCGAAAAGUGCCGCCGCCUGGGCGAUUUCAGUUUCGGUUUCGCCGGGUGGGUCGGCGGAGGCCGGGCUUGUGGGGUGCCCGGAGCAGGGGUUCGGAUCCCGGCCGCGAGAAACAGAACUGUUCCUUCUGCCUUAUCCAAUUUAAAAGAUGAAAACUUAAAAUUACGUGGGCCAAGUCAUGGGAAAAAUUGUGGUGUCGAGACCAAUUUACUCACACAAAAUGGAUUUAUGGCCGAGUCGUUAAGUAACCAAGAGUACCACAGAAGCCUAAUGAAGACGAAUGUAAAAGAUACACUUUCCUAAAGUGAUGGAUAAAAUGUGCUUGAAGCAACCAUCCUCUUUACCAUGAACUUAAAAAAAAAAUUUUUUUAAGAGAUUUAGCACAAUAUUGAUGUUCUGUUUUCUGAUCGGGAUUGUUAAAAUGAGUCUGCGGAAGCAAACACCCAGUGACUUCCUGAAGCAAAUCAUCGGGCGACCAGUUGUGGUGAAAUUAAAUUCGGGAGUGGAUUAUCGAGGGGUCCUGGCUUGCCUGGAUGGCUACAUGAAUAUAGCCUUGGAGCAGACAGAGGAGUAUGUCAAUGGACAGCUGAAGAACAAGUACGGGGAUGCAUUUAUCCGAGGAAACAAUGUGUUGUAUAUAAGUACACAGAAGAGGAGGAUGUGAAGACACCAAGAGUACAGUACUUUUCAUACCGAGAUAUAUUUUUUAUCAAGUUUUUUGUUUCUUCUGUCAUAUAAUUUUUCCUAUUUUGUAAUAGUUGGUGAUUUUUCACUGACACAUGUUUGAGAUAAAUGUGUAAAAUUGUGGAUUUAAUUGUAAAGCAUUCUUUCAUAUUUAAGUUGCAGUCAUUUUCUUUUACCUCUACGUCUGUGCAGAAAGCAAAAAGAUUUUUUUUUUUAAGUGGAAAGAAAAUUUUUUUCUCCCUACAUGGAAGUUUUCAAGACAUUUGAUCUGACUGCUUUGCUUGUGGGACUGGCUGAAAUGAUGGCUGUGAGGAUAAUUAAAACACUGUAGAGAUGGC